CCCUCGUAGGCUAAAUGAUUGUGGUUUAACAGACAAAAGCUGUUCAGCUCUGGCUACAGUUCUUGGAUCAGAUACCAGUCUGAAAGAGCUGAACAUGAGCAAUAAUAAUCUACAGGAUUCAGGAGUGAAGCUGCUUUGCCAUGGACUGGAAAAUAUGAAGUGUCGUUUGGAGAUACUGAGACUUUCAGACUGCAGUAUCACUGAAGAAGGUUAUAAAGCUCUGGCUUCAGCUCUGAGAUCAAACCCUUCACACCUGAUAGAGCUGGAUCUCACAGGAAAUGAUCCUGGACAAUCAGGAGUGAAGGAGCUCAGUGAUUUACUACAGGAUCCAAACUGUCAACUCAAGAUACUGAGGUUUUUGGGUCCUGCUGCAGAUGAAGCCUGUCAGUAUGUGACUGGAAUUGUGGGUAAAAACCCGUUACUCCUGAGAGAGCUGAAUCUGAGUGGACGUGAACUAGGAGACACACGAGUGAAUCAGAUCGCUGCUCUACUGCAGGAUAAACACUGUCAACUCAACAAACUGAAUCUGCGUGGAUGCAGUAUUACAGUAUUCCUGACUUCAGCUCUGAAAUCAAACCCAUCACACCUGAGAGAACUGAACCUGAGCAGGAAUAAACUAGGAGACUCUGGAGUGAAAAACCUCAGUGAUCUACUGAUGAACACACAAUUCAAGCUGGAGAAACUAGAUCUGUGUGGAUGCAGUAUUACAGAGAAACAGUGUCUCAUCCUGACUUCAGCUCUGAAAUCAAACCCAUCACACCUGAGAGAACUGAACCUGAGUGAGAAUCAAAUAACAAACACAGGAGUGAAUCACUUAUGUGACGUACUGAAGGAUUCACACUGUAAACUGGAGAGAUUGAGGUCAGUAACAUUCACAUACAAGAAUCAAAAUGAUUAAAAUCACUUCAACAGUUUAAACCAAAACACUUUAUAGUAUCUAACGAUGUCUACAGAAGCUUCUUAAACAAGCUCAUCCAGUAAGUAA